AUGAACCUACCAAGGCCGGCGCGCGCCGCGCAACAACGCGGGCCUGUCGUAUUCCACGUCCACCACCGCAUCGGCCAACUUACGGCCUGCGCCCUAUACACGCCGCCCAUCCUGCCGCUAGCAACAGCUCGAGCGUCACCCCUGCGUCGGGCAGGGACAUCGACGCCCGCCAAAACCCCGCUAGCCGCCGACGCACGCUGUCGUCCGUCGUGUGUGCUUGAAUCGCCGCCACCGUCGGGCAAGCUCGCCGACGCCGCUAUACUGGACCUGGCGCUGCUUCACACUGAGAGCGCGUCCUUGACGACGUCCCAGAUACACCCACCUACGGAGUCCACCGCGUCCCUUCCGUUCCAGUCGAGUUACUCCGCGGACCGCAUGCUGGCAGCGUCGGAAGUUAUACAUCAUGAAUGA